AACUUGAACCUACAAAUGCUGAUAUUCUGAGAAAUAUAAAAAGUGUCUUACAUACGGUAAUAUGGCUUCAGAAACAAUGGAAAUGAACGGAGGUACUGAUAGAAACAGUGGUGGUGAGAGUCCUCGAAUGGGUCCCUGGCGGAGCAGGUCUACUCCUCUCAAUAUGAAUCACUAUGCCAAUAAGAAGAGUGCUGCAGAGAGCAUGCUGGAUGUGGCAUUACUGAUGGCUAACGCGUCCCAGCUGAAGGCCGUACUGGAACAGGGCCCCGGAUUCACCUUCUACGUCCCUCUCAUCACACUAAUCAGCAUUUCCCUCAUCUUUCAGGUCAUAGUAGGUGUCCUGCUCAUCUUCAUUGUGAAGUGGAAUCUCAAUGAUGUGAGCAAACAUUUCAAACUGAAUGUGUUGGAGAACAUCGUCACAGCACUUGUAUUUAUCGUUGUUGUGGUCAAUGUCUUCAUCACGGCCUUCGGUGUCCAGAUGUCAAACGUCAAAUCAUGACCCCUGGACCUGUUGCCUGUUUAAAGAACUGUUGGUUUCUAAAAUAGAGGCUCCAGACCAUGGACAGAGGCCGGCAUCCUCAGGCCUAUCGGCACUUUUCAAAUUCAUGUCUCUUUAUGGAGCUGUCACAGUAUGACCCUGUCAGCCUCUCAGAAUUGCUGCAUGUGUCCUAAUAGGACAAAUCCUGGAUUUUUUUUAACUUAGUUUCACUUUUCUGGGUCUCCAAAGUUGUUGCAAACCAUUAAUAUAAGAUAAGGGUGUUGCUUAAAUUUUUGAGGAAAUGAAGGAUUUUUUUUUCACCGUGAAAUUUUACUGUUGCCUCAUCAGUAAAGAAAAUGGACCCCGGAAUAGGAGGGGUUCCGAAGGAUAAAGUGAUAGCGAAAGGAUAGUGAAACUUUCCAAGUAUGUUGCAAAACUUUUGUGGUAACAGGGGAAUUGUAUGGUUAGAGCAAUUAGAAGACCAUGAAAACUAAUUUAUAUAAAUCUCCAUUCAAGACAGAGUUGACCAACUGAUGUAUUUGUCAGAGAUUAUCGCGUUUAGACACUUGUAAAAUGACUGCUAUAUCAUUCAACUCAAUACCUCACCCCAUGUUCAUAUGUAUGUGUUUGUGUGUAUGUAAAGAAACACAUUGAAAGCGAGAGAGAGAUUCUCCGUGUAAUGUUGCCACCUUUGUGAAGAUGAGUGUAAUACUUGUGCAGAGUGUAGUACACCAUGAUGACUGAAACAAGCAACGAGCAGAGAGAACCCACUCUGAUUGUACUUGUUUACCUGUAACAGUGGCUCCUGUGGCCAGUUGAAGAGGAAACUAUAGUUUAAUUCUCCUUGAGCAUUAGAGGUAAAAAAAAAAACAAAAAAACUUUAGAGUUACUGAAAUGUUCCAUGCAACAGUGUCUAACCUGGUGUCAGCAUGGAACUGCAGGAGACAGACAGCCUUUGUUAAGACCAGCAGGGGCAGUAGCAAACACUUCAACCUCAUGGUGUCUUGCAUUAAUUUGGUUAGUUGUUAGCAAAACAGAUGAAUGCAAAUAAAAACUUUGGACAAGAGUGGCCAGCUGAAUCUAAGACUCGCAAUACCCCAACACUGUUUUCCGUUAGGGCUUUACCUGUUUCCACAGGGCUUUAAGUGUAAUUAUGCCGUUUGACCACAGGUCACAUAGCGCCCUCUACUGGUCACAUGACCACUGACCAUUUAUGAAGAACUUGCCUGUUGUAUGGUAUACUUUAAAUCUAUGCAAAUCAUGUACAGCUUUAUCUUUGAGAGUGUCUUGUUUUGGGUGUCAUCAUACCUAUGAGUGUCCCCAUGUCUUUUGAUUAUUUCACCUCAAAACUUUUCCAAAUCGCUUAAUUCAUUUUUGCCUUAAGUUUUUAGUUAGUUUGUUUUUUUUAACUGUGCACCAAAUAUGUAUGGACAAUGUUUACUUGGCAGUGAUUUUUGUAUUACGUAGUAAACUGUGUUUUCCUUUAGUGAAGUUUAUAAAAGAAGUGAAAAAAGUAAUAAACCAAAAGAAUGAA